AUGAAAUCGAUUAAGUAUAAAUAUAGCCUAGGUGGAGCAUGUGAGCAAAUCUAGUCUACUACAAUUAAUUGUCACGAAGCUUGCUUGAUUUGUAAUUUAAAUGAUCAAACUUAGUGCUUAAAAUGUAAAGAAAAUGACGAAUAUGCAAAUAAUUUCCUCCUUUAAUCUGAAUGUACUUAAAAAUAAACUAGUCAUGAAGAUAUUACGAUUAUCGUCACAAAUAAUAGAAACGCUAUUGAAAAUGAUUAUUUGAAAACAAGACUUACAGAUGCUAUUAGUUAUGCAUUUUAUUUGCAAGAAUAAUAUAUUGAGACUAUUAAUAUAAAAAUUCUCUUGCAAAAAGACGACAAUAAUGAUUCUGAUUUUUAUAUAUUGAAGGAUGAUCUAAACAUUGAUUCUAAUUCAAAUUGCCUAAAUUAAAUUAGUCCUUGCUGUACCUAUGAUUAAAACACCAAUCAAAUCAAUUGUGGUUCUGAUAUCGCUGAAGAAAACAUCUACAUUAAGAAGUAAAACUUUUUACUAUGUUACACAAAUAUUUUAGAACUCACUCAUGCUAAGAACUUUUUUCAAGGAGUGGAGUUUAAAAACUUUAUAUUUGAAUUUGGAUCCUUAAUCAGAUUACCACAAGGAAUUUAAUAUAUGGUUACUAUAUAAAAUAGUAAAUUCACAAAAAUCUCAAGUUGUGGUGCAAUUUUGAGGAGCUUAGGAGAAUAUUCUAUGAACACAACAGAAAAAGAAAUUAUUAAUAGUGCAUUCUUUAAAUCUAGUUAAGUAUCUUCAGCACUUCCAUUAAUUAUAAUAUCUGAUUCAACUUUUCAAGACUUUUGGUUGAUUAAGAAUUAUUAUUUGACUGGAGUUGAACCAUACGAUAGUUAAUACCCUCAUGUUGGAUUAAUUGUUAAUCUAAAUGAUUACACUGGUAAUUUGUACUUUUAAUCAAAUAUUUUCACAAAAAUUCAACAGCCAAUAGAAUUUUGCAAUUAAUAUAAGUAUAUUCAAGGUUAAUCAGUCGAUCAAAGUCUCUAAUUUGUGCAUUUGAUGAAAAUAAUAAAUUUUUAAAAAGGUAGCAUCAAACUAACCAAUAAUAUAUUCAGCCAAAUUGCUCUUACUCACUCUAUAUUCUAUGCUUUUGGAGUAAAAUCCGAGGAAGCUUCAAUAGCUCUAUUGGAAUUUAGUGACAAUAAUUUUAAAAAUAUUAUUGCAUACACCAAUACAGAUAUUAUACAUAUCGAAAAAACUUUUGACAGCUAUUUAAAGCAGCAUAUUUAAUGCUCAAGCAAUGUAAAGAUUCAAAGAAAUACCUUUUUCAAGGUUAUUGGAUGUGAAUUAGUUAACAAUGGAUUGAUAUUUAUAUCUUGUUCUAAUUUGACUACGAUCGGAGUCCAAAAUAAAAUCGAAAUGUUUCUUUAAAAACCUACUUUUACUAAUUAUACAAAUAAUUUGGAAGCAAACUGA